ACUUGAAUUGUUGAGAAAGGCAUUCUACUUCCACGACUACAAUUCUACCAUACCUAACCCUUUUUCUCCCUCGGGGUUCCUAAUCGAAUUAGGAAUAUCUCUCUCAAUUCCUAUUCCCUCAUCUAAUUUUAUCGACAUUUCUUCUCAAAUCCGACGAUAAAUUCACUAAUAUAUCCGAAACCCCACUUGAUCUAACCAUAAAUCUAACCGAUUACCUCAAUUUCUAUCCAUCAGUUGAUGGCGGGUUGCAAUUUCGGAGUUUCGUUGAUUCAUUCCAGGUAAUCUCACUACUUAUCGAUUUACUCUUCGAUUUCGAUCAUCUACUGUGCCCUUUAGAAUUUGUUAGAAGCUUCGAUCUUUCUAAGAUGGAUGGAAACAAAGACGAAGCGUUGAAGUGCUUAAAAAUUGGGAAAGACGCGUUAGGGUUAGGCGAUCGAACUCGCGCUUUAAAAUUCAUCAAGAAAGCUCAACGAUUAGAUCCUUCUCUUCCCGUUGACGAUCUGUUAUCAACUCUAGAAAGCACGAAUGAAUCACCAAAGUCACCCCAGACCGGUGCCGGUGAUGGUGAUAGCUCUAACGUUCGGCGUAGGGUUCCGGGAACUGGAUCUUCAUCCGGUUCAUGUACAGAAGAACAGAUCACAAUCGUGAGGGAGAUCAGAAGGAAAAAGGAUUAUUACGAUAUACUAGGGAUCGAGAAAACUUCUAGUGUUGAAGAUGUUAGAAAAGCUUACAGGAAACUCUCUUUGAAAGUUCAUCCUGACAAGAACAAAGCACCAGGAUCCGAAGAAGCCUUCAAGAAAGUCUCCAAAGCUUUCCAGUGUUUAAGCGUUGAUGAAAAUCGAAAACAGUAUGAUCUAGUCGGGUCAGAUGAACCCACUUAUGAAACGCAAACAACCAGGCGUAGGACCCAUCAAGGAUUCAACAAUGGCUUCUUCUACAAUCAAGAAGUUGACGCAGACGAGAUUUUCAGAAACUUUUUCUAUGGUAUGAACCCAAGAACCACAACCCAAUUCACAGGGUUCAAUUUUGGACCCGGAAUGGGUACCAGAACAGGUGUAAACGGGUCGGAUGGGUUUAACAUACGGGCUUUACUUCAAUUUUUGCCAGUUAUCAUCAUUCUGAUUUUCAGCUUCUUGCCUUCUAAUGAACCUGUUUAUUCUCUUCAAAGAACAUAUACUUAUGAUUAUCGUUUGACUACACAAAAAGGGGUUAAUUACUUUGUGAAAUCACGCAACUUUGAGCAAAAGUAUCCAUCAAAUAGCCAUGAAAGGAUUCAGCUUGAAGGAAGGAUUGAUCAUGAGUACGUGUCGAUUCUUUCUUAUAAUUGUAGAUUGGAGGCACAAAGGCUUCAUUGGGGUUAUCAACGUGAAACGCCUAAUUGCGACAUGUUGAGGCAGUUUGAUCCUACUUUGGUGGAUUCACAUUGAAGAUUGUAAUUCAAAAAAAAUCUUGAAGCUCUGAGAAUAUGCAAGUCGAUUUGCAUUUUUUGCAGCAAAGUUGUAAAAGCAGCAUCAGACACAGAUAGAUUAUUUAGCUGAAACUUUUAUAUAUUUUUUUUGAAGUCUGAAAUUAAUUUGUUACUCGAUUAUUUUGAGCUGACUUUGGAGUAUUUGUUUUAUAAAUUGCCAUAUUUUUCUUA